GUGCUGCUCAUGGUGGGGCUCCCGGGCUCCGGGAAGACUCAGUGGGCACAGAAACAUUCCCAGGAAAAUCGGGAUAAACGCUACAACAUCCUGGGAACCGAGCGCGUCCUGCACCAGCUGACGACGCGGGGGCCGGAGCCGGAGGAGUUGGAUGCCAAGAGCCGGGAGCUGCUGACUCAGCAGGCGGCGCAGUGCCUUAGCAAGCUGGUGCAGAUCGCCCCCCGCGCCCGCCGCAACUUCAUCCUCGACCAGUGCAACGUGUACAACUCGGGGCAGCGCCGGAAGCUCUCGGCCUUCAAGGGGUUUUCCAGGAAAGUCGUGGUGAUCGUUCCCACGGAGCCGGACUGGGAGCAGCGCCUGGAGCGGCGGCGCCAGAACGAGGGCGACGACGUCCCCGAGUCCGUCAUGCUGGAGAUGAAAG